AAACUUGACUCCUUCCCCACUUUUCGAAGUAACGAUGGAGUUGAACGAGAACAAAGUCAUCUUCACCCCUGCUCUCGACUUUUCCGAUCCGAGCAGCUUUCUCAACUUGGUGGAAGACAUCCUAGCAGACAUCAGCCAUCAGGGAACACUCGUGAAAAGAAUACGUCCUGGUGAGGACGCCGAUUACUUUACUGACGUUGAAAAAUGUCCAGAAAUAUCCGACAUGCGAUCAGACAUUGAGCAACGAGUUCAAACCGUGAUGAAUCAAGCGUUUGAAUACACCUUGAAGUUUGAGCCGUACACUUAUCUCUGGGAAGACGAUAGACUCGAGUAUCUCAACCAGUUUCUCAAAUAUGGUCACCAACUCACACCAGAGGAACUGGAAGCCAAAAACUCUGGCGAGGAAGAAUUGCAAGAAUUAGUCGCCCCUACUCUGGAACAAUUCAAACAAGUUAUUGACAAGUUUGAAAACUUGUACAUUGAAGUUGACAAUCUCCCAAAGGAGCAUAUCUUUGAUAAGUGGUUCCGACUGGAUAUGCGCCCAUUCAGGCAAUCACUCCUUAACAAGUGCAAAAUAUGGAGCUUAAUGUUCAAGCAGCACAUGAUUGACAGUGUUAUCGGAGGAUUAUCCGGUCUCGAGCAGUUUAUCACCGAGGCGGAAAGCGGUCUCACUCAACCCCUGCGUGAAGGCGACCUCAGAAAACUAAUUUCUGUGAUGACCUGGCUCCAACAGGUUAAGGACCGACAAGCCACGACAGACACGAUGUUUGAACCCAUCAAAAAGUACAUCGAACUCCUCAAAAUGUACGAUUACGAUCUACCGGAAGCAGUCUUCGUCCAAUUGGAAGAAUUACCUCAAAAGUGGAUGAACUUGAAAAAGUUGGCUAUUAAAAUCAAACACCAAGUCGCACCCCUCCAAGCACAAGAAGUUUCUUCAAUCCGGAAACGAAUUACCGACUUUGAUGUAAAACAACACGCGUAUCGAGAUGUCUUCAAGGCUCUGGCGUUCUUUGACAAAAUGUCUCAGUUUCCAUACAAAGAACUUGACGACUCUCACACUGACAUUGCUGCCCUCAAUACCGAGUAUGCAGAUAUUUGCUCGGCUGCAGAAUUGUUUGAGGUGCACGUCCCAGAACCAAAAUCUUUGAGACAAUGCGAAAAGGAAGUGAUUCUUACCAAGAACAUUUGGGACUACACCUACAUUGUCGCCUCAUUGAUCGAGGAAUGGAAAACCACAAAAUGGCUCAACAUUAACGUGGAGAACAUGGACUUGGAGUGUAAGCGAAUGGCAAAGGAAGUGAAAGCCAUGGACAAGGACGCGAAAGCUUGGGAGAUAUUUUCUCUGCUCGAGGGCGUAAUCAGAAACAUGAUCUCCUCUCUCAAAUCUGUGGCAGAGUUGCAAAACCAAGCCAUUCGAGAACGCCAUUGGGAAGAACUUAUGCAGGCGACCAAGGUCAAAUUUUCUAUGGACGAAUCUACAACGCUGGCCGAUCUCCUGGUCCUCAAUCUCCACAACUUUGAAGAAGAAGUCAAAAAUAUUGUCGAUAAAGCUGUGAAGGAAAAUUCAAUGGAGAAAACACUCAAAGACUUUGACGGAACUUGGUCGGCUCAAGAGUACGAGUUUGAACUUCAUUCUCGAACGGGAACUCAGCUUAUCAAAGCGUCCGAAGAACUCAUUGAAAUUCUUGAAGACAACCAGGUCCAACUCCAGAAUAUUGCAAUGUCAAAAUAUAUCGCAUUUUUCCACGAAGAAGUAGAAUUUUGGCAGAAUCGUCUCUUCAUGGCAGAUCAGGUUCUUGCUGUGCUGGGAGAAGUUCAGCGUACCUGGUCACAUUUGGAAUCUAUUUUUAUUGUGUCUGAGGAUAUUCGUAAAAAUCUUCCCGAGGAUGCAGCACGAUUUGAUAAAAUCGACAGAGAUUUCAAGAAUACUCUUAAGAAACUUUACAAGACGAAAAACGUUGUGGAAGCCACAAAUCAACCUGGAGUGCUUCCAGAUUUAGAAGUUUUGCAGAAAGGCCUUGCCAUUUGCGAGAAAGCACUCGCAGACUAUUUGGAAACCAAGAGAUUGGUGUUUCCUCGAUUCUACUUUGUCUCAUCGGUCGAUCUUUUGGACAUUUUGUCAAACGGGAACGAACCCGAGCAAGUUGCGCGACAUCUUGCCAAACUAUUUGACGCGAUGGCGAAAUUAGAUUUCAAAAAAUUGGAGGAGAAGAAGGACGAUGAAGAAAAGUCGACGACUGCAACCGGCAUGCGAGCCAAGGACGGAGAAGCCGUCCCCUUUAACGCUGUGUGCGAGUGCACGGGCGCUGUGGAAACGUGGCUCUGUCGUUUGGAAGAGGCGAUGAGAGCCACCGUUCGAAACUGUUUCUCUGAAGCUGUGACCACCUAUGAAGAGAAACCUCGAGACUCUUGGAUUCAGGACUUUCCUGCUCAAACUGCACUUUGUGGAACUCAAAUUUGGUGGACGACGGAGGUCAACAGUGCUCUUGGCAAACUUGAAGAAGGCUACGAGAACGCGCUGAAAGACUACCACAGAAAACAAGUCAACCAACUAAACACCUUAAUCGGGCUUUUGAUCGGCCAACUGACAUCUCAAGAACGUCAAAAGAUUAUGACCAUCUGCACAAUUGAUGUCCAUUCACGAGACGUUGUACUCAAAUUAAUCGCUCAGAAAAUUGAAACAGCUCAAGCAUUUCCUUGGCAGAGUCAAUUGAGACAUCGUUGGGAUAAUUUGGAGGGUGACUGCUUUGCAAAUAUUUGCGACGCCCAGUUCAAAUAUUGGUACGAAUAUCUUGGAAAUACACCGCGUCUCGUCAUCACCCCCUUGACGGAUAGAUGUUACAUCACAUUGACGCAAUCUCUCCAUUUAAUUAUGGGAGGAGCACCUGCAGGUCCUGCUGGAACUGGGAAAACUGAGACGACAAAAGAUCUCGGGCGAGCAUUGGGGAUGAUGGUGUACGUCUUCAAUUGUUCCGAGCAGAUGGAUUACCGGUCAAUUGGAAAUAUUUACAAGGGAUUGGCACAAACUGGGGCAUGGGGUUGUUUUGACGAGUUUAAUCGAAUCAGUGUUGAAGUGUUAUCUGUGGUUGCGGUCCAAGUCAAGUCUAUUCAGGACGGCAUUCGAGACAAAAAGACACGAUUCAAUUUUAUGGGUGAAGAAAUUCGCCUGAUUCCUACUGUGGGAAUUUUCAUUACCAUGAAUCCGGGUUAUGCAGGACGCACAGAACUUCCCGAGAAUUUGAAAGCUUUGUUCAGACCUUGCGCCAUGGUCGUUCCAGACUUUGAACUCAUUUCUGAAAUCAUGUUGGUGGCUGAAGGUUUCCAAAGUGCUCGGCUGCUCGCUCGAAAGUUUAUUACGUUGUACACUUUGUGCAAAGAGUUGCUAUCCAAACAAGAUCACUACGAUUGGGGGCUUCGUGCCAUCAAAUCUGUGCUGGUCGUUGCUGGAUCGCUGAAGAGAAGUGACCCUGACCGUCCAGAGGAUCAAGUGUUGAUGAGAGCACUUCGAGAUUUCAAUGUUCCGAAAAUUGUGACGGACGACGUUCCAGUUUUCAUGGGUCUCAUUGGGGAUUUGUUUCCUGCUUUGGACAUUCCUCGCAAGAGAGAUCUUGACUUUGAGAAGAAUAUUCGAGUGGCCACGCUCCAACUUAAACUGCAACCGGAAGAUAACUACAUUUUGAAAGUGGUACAGCUCCAAGAGUUGAUUGAUGUGCGGCAUUCAGUGUUUAUCAUUGGAAAUGCAGGAACAGGGAAAAGUCAAGUGUGGAAAACACUUUAUCGUGCACAUCAAAUCAUGAAGCAUCGUCCCAUGUACUCCGACCUGAAUCCAAAAGCUGUAACGAAUGACGAGCUGUUUGGCAUCAUUAACCCCGCAACGAGAGAAUGGAAGGAUGGCAUCUUUUCCGUGAUUAUGCGAGAUCAAGCCAACCUUACAGGUGAUGGACCCAAAUGGAUCAUCUUAGAUGGUGAUAUUGACCCCAUGUGGAUUGAGAGUUUGAACACUGUAAUGGAUGACAAUAAAGUGCUCACACUGGCCAGUAAUGAACGAAUUGCAAUGACAAAAAUGAUGCGACUUGUGUUCGAAAUUUGGACUUUGAGAGUCGCAACCCCUGCGACCGUAUCAAGAGCUGGAAUUUUGUAUCUCAACCCUCAGGAUUUAGGCUGGCAACCAUAUGUCGCUAGUUGGAUUGAGAAACGUGACAGCUCCGCAGAAAAGGCCAACUUGACGAUUUUGUUUGAUAAGUAUGUUCCCACGGUUAUCGAAAUGAACAAAAACAGAUUCAAGAAAAUUACACCAAUCUCUGAAAUCACGCAUAUUGAACUGCUCUGCAAUCUGUUGGACUGCACCAUCACGGGAGACACGUGCCCCACCGAUUGUCCUAAAGAGUGGUACGAAGUUUACUUUGUCUUCUGUACAAUCUGGGCGUUCGGAUCUGCAACUUAUCAAGACCAAUUGUUGGACCAUCGUGUCGACUUUUCCAAGUGGUUCCAAAAUGAGUUUAAAUUCGUCAAAUUUCCAGCUGGUGGAACUGUGUUUGACUUUUACAUUGAUAUGGAAACAAAAAAGUUUUUGCCUUGGACCGAUCUUGUCCCAAGGUUUGAGUUGGAUCCUGAACUACCCCUGCAGGCGGCUUUGGUGCAUACCGCUGAAACUACUCGUGUCAAAUAUUUCCUUGACAUGUUGAUGGCUCGUGGUCACCCGGUGAUGCUCGUGGGUGGGGCUGGCACUGGAAAAACUGUCAUCAUUAACGACAAACUUGCCGCUCUGUCAGAUUCCUAUGCAAUUCAAAAUGUUCCCUUCAAUUUCUACACCACAUCCGAAAUGCUUCAACGCGUCAUGGAGAAACCUUUGGAAAAGAAAGCGGGCAGAAAUUAUGGUCCACCGGGAAAUAAAAAACUUAUAUAUUUCAUUGACGACAUGAAUAUGCCCAUGGUUGAUGCAUAUGGAACGGUACAACCCCACACGCUCAUUCGGCAACAUCUGGACUACGGCCAUUGGUACGAUCGGAUCAAACUUUCCCUCAAGGAUAUUCACAAUGUGGGAUACGUCAGUUGCAUGAAUCCCACUGCGGGUAGUUUCACGAUCAACCCCAGAUUGCAGAGACAUUUUGCUGUCUUCUCAUUAUCCUUCCCAGGACAGGAGGCAGUACAUUUCAUCUACAAAACCAUUCUGCAACAGCACCUGGCCUCUCAAAAUCAUAAAUUUCCACUACACGUCAUCAGAACUUGUGGAAGUGUGGUGAAUGCAGCGCUUGCGCUGCAUAGCAAAGUAGCGUCAACCUUUUUGCCGACGGCGAUAAAAUUCCAUUAUGUCUUCAACCUCAGAGACCUGAGCAAUAUAUUUCAAGGUGUUCUUUUCAGUACGAUCGAUUGCCUUCAGAACCCCUUGGAUUUGGUACGUCUUUGGCUGCACGAGGCGAGCCGGGUCUACGGGGACAAACUAGUUGACGACAAGGAUAUCUCCACGUUUGCUAAAAUGGUCAAUGAUAAUGUCAAAAAGUCGUUUGAGGAUCUUGAAGAAACGAGCGUUCUUGAGAAACCGUUGAUUUAUUGUCAUUUCGCGCAAGGGAUGGAAGAUCCAAAAUAUAUGCCGGUCAAGGAUUACAAUUUCCUGCAACGACUGCUUAUAGACGCGCUGAAGUCUUACAACGAGUUCAACUCCAUUAUGAACCUCGUCCUCUUUGACGAUGCGGUCAACUAUAUUUGUAAGAUCAGCAGAAUCCUUGAAUCUCCGCGAGGAAAUGCCCUGCUCGUCGGUGUUGGGGGGAGCGGAAAACAAAGUCUGAGUCGACUUGCAGCCUUCCUGUCAGGGUUGGACGUGUUUCAGGUUGCUCUACGAAAAGGAUAUGGCGUCCAAGAUUUGAAAAACGACCUUGCCAUCUUAUACAUCAAAGCGGGUCAGAAAAACAUGGGAACCAUGUUUUUGAUGACGGAUGCUCAAGUUGCAGAAGAAGAAUUCCUCGUCGUCAUCAAUGACAUGUUGGCUUCCGGAGAAAUCCCUGACCUUUUGCCGGACGAUGAAGUAGAAAACGUAAUAUCCAGCAUGAGGACAGAAGUGAAAACUGUAGGACUUGAAGAUACGAGAGAAAAUUGUUGGAAAUUUUUCAUCGAACGAGUCCGCAAGGUUUUAAAGUGCGUCCUGUGUUUCUCACCGGUUGGCAGCACACUCCGAACAAGGUCACGAAAGUUCCCUGCGGUUGUGAACUGCACGUCCAUUAUUUGGUUUCAAGGUUGGCCCGAAGAAGCCUUAAUGUCCGUCUCACAAAGAUUUGUGAAAGACAUUGACGUACUUCCGCACGACCUGCACAAUCCGAUCGCUUCCUUCAUGGCGUACGUUCACUCCUCCGUCACCGAAACGUCUAAAACAUAUCUGGCGAACGAGAAACGGUACAAUUACACGACUCCGAAAUCUUUCCUCGAACAAAUCGACCUGUACGGGAAGCUCGUAACGACCAAAAAUAGGGAAGCUUUCGCCAAAGCGGAGCGCCUCGAGAGUGGGUUGACCAAGUUGGAAUCGUGCGCUCAACAGGUCGAAGGGUUGAAGAAAGUCCUCGCCGUGCAGGAAGUCGUCCUCAAAGAGAAGAAUGAGAAAGCGGAUCAUUUAAUUCAAGUCGUUGGCGCAGAAACUGCAAUGGUUUCCAGUGAGAAAGAAAAUGCGGCAAAGGAGGAGAAAAAAGUCGCUGUCACUGCAACCGAAGUCACGAAAAUUAAAGAGGUGUGCAGAAUUGAAUUGGAGAAAGCAGAACCUGCUUUGCAAGCUGCCUACGCUGCCUUGAAUACUCUGAACAAAGCCAACUUGACAGAGUUAAAGACUUUCACCGCUCCUCCUCCAGACGUUAUCAAUGUCAUAUCUGCCGUGUAUAUCUUGUGGGAAGGGACCAGGACGGGAAAAGUUCCCAAGGACAAAAGUUGGAAAGCUGCUAAACAGGGAAUGAUGGGAGACAUUGCCAAGUUUUUGGAUGGAUUGAUGAAUUUAGAAAAGGAAAAGAUAACCAUGACCAUGGUCGACGCAAUGAAACCGUACACAGAUGUGGCUGGGUUUGACCCAGAAAAUAUUAAGUCUAAAUCAUUUGCAGCCGCUGGUCUCUGUUCUUACGUUGUGAAUGUACUUCUGUUUAACGACGUGUUCCAAGAAGUAGCCCCAAAACGACGUGCUUUACAAGAAGCGACCGACAUCCUGAACAAAGCCCUCGAUCGUCUUAAGUACCUGAAGCACAGAAUCACCGAGUUAGAAGACAAACUGACCAUUCUCACCUCAGAGUACGACGUAGCCAUCGCGGCAAAACAGAAGUGCCAAACAGAAGCUGACAGAACGGCCUUAACGAUCGAUCUGGCAAACCGUCUUGUCGGUGGACUAGCUGCCGAAAAAUCGCGUUGGAUUCAAAAUGCGCAAAAUUACCGAUCAAGUACAAUCACCAUUCCCGGCGAUAUGUUACUAGUCACCGCUUUCGUAUCUUAUCUUGGCUGUUUUGCUAAGCAAUAUCGCGUCGAUUUACUCGACAACACGUGGAUUCCUUACCUACGCAAGUUAGAACCCCCCAUUCCCAUGUCUGCCUCCGUAGAUCCGCUCAACAUCCUCACCGACGACGCCGAGAUCGCACAAUGGAACAACUUUGGUCUCCCCAGCGAUCGAAUGUCGUCCGAAAAUGCGUCCAUCUUAAUGAACUCGCAGCGCUGGCCGCUCAUGAUUGAUCCUCAACUGCAAGGCAUCAAGUGGAUCAAAAGCAUGAAAGCAGGAAAUUUGAAGGUCAUCCGUCUCGGGCAAAAAGGCUACUUGGACAUAAUCGAAGACGCCAUCACCAAAGGGGUCACCAUCCUCAUAGAAAAUAUCAUGGAAAACGUGGACCCCGUUUUGGAACCACUUCUCGCCAGAAACCUUAUCAAGAAAGGCACCGCCAUCAAAAUGGGAGACAGAGAGAUCGAUUAUAAUCCUGCCUUUAGGCUCAUCCUUCAAACCAAACUGGCUAAUCCGCACUACAAACCGGAAAUGCAGGCUCAAACGACCCUAAUAAACUUUACCGUCACCCGAGACGGCUUGGAGGAUCAGCUACUUGCCGAAGUCGUCAAAGUCGAACGGCCCGAUCUCGAGGCGCAAAAGUCCGACCUGACCAAACAGCAGAACGAGUUUAAAAUUUUGCUGAAACAGUUAGAAGACGAUUUGCUGACUCGGCUCCAAUCCGCCAAGGGCAACUUUUUGGACGACACAGCACUCGUAGAAAAUUUGGAGACGACCAAGAGAACGGCGCAGGAGGUGGAAGUCAAGGCAAAAGAAGCGGUUAUCACGUCGCGUAAAAUUGACGCGGCGAGAGAACUCUACCGUCCCGCGGCGUGCAGGGCGUCGCUCCUCUACUUUAUUCUCAACGACCUCAACAAAAUCAACAAGAUUUACCAAUUUUCGCUCAAAGCAUUUUCCACAGUUUUUCAAAAUGCGAUCAAAACAGCGCCACAGGCGGGCGACGUGGCGAAGAGGAUUGAUAAUUUGAUCGACUCGAUUACAUAUUCAGUCUGGGUGUACACGGCGCGAGGUCUCUUUGAGUGUGACAAAUUGAUAUUUACGACACAAAUGGCGUUUGCCAUUCAGCUUCAGAGGGGAGCGAUUCACUCGAAAGAUUUGGAUUUUCUGCUACGCUUCCCUAUCAUGCCGAAUGUCGUUAGUCCUCUAGACUUUCUCAAUAAUACGAAUUGGGGAGCGGUUAAGAGCUUGGCGAGUUUGGAUGAGUAUAAAAACCUUGAUCGCGAUAUCGAAGGAUCUGCUAAACGUUGGAAGAAAGUUGUAGAAUCUGAAUAUUCCGAGAAAGAGAAACUCCCACAGGACUGGAAGAACAAGCAGGGCGUUCAAAGACUUUGCAUAAUGCGAGCAUUGCGACCAGAUCGAAUGACCUACGCCAUGACCGUAUUUAUCGAAGAGUCGCUUGGCCCCAAGUUUGUAAGGUCGAGACGGAUCGAUAUUGCAAAAUCGUUCGAGGAAACUUCAAACACAACGCCCGUCUUCUUUAUUCUCUCGCCCGGCGUAGAUCCUCUGAAGGACGUUGAAGCGUUAGGAAAAAAAUUGGGAUACACCAUGGACAAGGGCAACUUUCAUAACGUAUCGUUAGGCCAGGGCCAAGAAAUCGUGGCGGAAAAUGCAUUAGAAAUCGCUGGCGAAAAAGGACACUGGGUCAUUUUACAAAACAUUCACCUCGUAGCACGAUGGCUGGCAACACUUGAGAAAAAAUUGGAACAAAAUUGGGAACGUUCCCACAAAAAAUAUCGCGUUUUUCUCAGCGCAGAACCAGCAUCCUCAGCAGAAUCCCACAUUAUUCCGCAGGGAAUAUUGGAAUCAUCCAUCAAAAUCACUAACGAACCUCCGACUGGAAUGCUGGCAAAUUUGCACAAGGCGUUAGACAAUUUCACCCAAGAUCAGCUUGAGUCCUGCUCCAAGGAGUUGGAGUUCAAAGCCAUUUUAUUCAGUUUGUGCUACUUCCACGCCGUGGUCGCGGAGCGAAGAAAGUUUGGGACACAAGGUUGGAAUCGUAUCUACCCCUUUAACACGGGCGAUUUGACCAUCAGCGUUAACGUCCUGUACAACUACUUGGAGGCAAAUCAAAAAGUUCCAUGGGAAGAUUUACGCUAUCUUUUUGGCGAAAUCAUGUACGGCGGACACAUAACGGACGACUGGGACAGAAAACUUUGUCGAACCUACUUGGAAGAGUAUAUGGUCCAGGAAUUGCUUGACGGAGAAAUCAAUUACGCUCCCGGCUUCCCAGCCCCGCCCAGCACGGACUAUCAAGGCUACCACUCUUACAUGGAUGACGUACUUCCGCCUGAAUCCCCAAUUUUGUACGGACUUCAUCCCAACGCAGAGGUCGGCGUGCUCACAGCAACUUCGGAGAAAUUGUUUAAGACUAUUUUCGAGCUACAGCCCCGCGACGCGGGAGCGGCUGGGAGCCAGUCAGUCACUAAAGAGGAGAAAACGAAGCAAAUCCUGGACGACAUUCUGGACAAGUGUCCCGAUCCUUUUGUCAUGUCGGAAGUUGUCGGUCGCGCUGAAGAGAAGACACCUUAUGUUAUUGUCGCGUUGCAGGAAUGUGAGCGCAUGAAUACACUGAUCAUUGAGCUACGUCGCUCCUUGAAAGAAUUAGAUCUCGGAUUGAAGGGCGAACUGACAAUAACUUUGGACAUGGAAGAUUUAGGCAACUCGUUAUUUCUGGAUCAGGUACCAGCCUCUUGGGCAAAAAAGGCGUACCCCUCAACCUUCGGACUGGGUUCGUGGUACGCAGAUCUCAUCCUGCGGGCGCGUGAAUUGGAAACCUGGGCGAUUGAUUUUUACCUUCCCGCGGCCGUAUGGCUGGGAGGAUUUUUCAAUCCGCAAUCUUUUCUCACGGCCAUUAUGCAAAGCACCGCGAGAAAACAGGAGUUGCCCUUGGAUAAAAUGUGUCUUCAGUGCGAAGUUACGAAGAAAAUCAGGGAGGAAUUCACCGCUCCUCCUCGAGAAGGUGCAAAUGUCCAUGGACUUUUUAUGGAAGGUGCUCGCUGGGAUAUCAUCACAGGGUCUGUUGCAGAGUCGAAACUUAAGGAAUUGUAUCCAUCAAUGCCCGUCGUCUACUUAAAAUCGAUAACUCAAGAUAAGGCCGACUCGAGGAAUAUGUUUGAGUGUCCCGUGUACAAGACCAGGAUGAGGGGCCCCACGUACGUCUGGACCUUUAAUCUCAGAAGUCGCGAAAAAGCGUCACGGUGGGUUCUGGGUGGCGUGGCUUUGUUGUUGCAAGUGUAA